UCCUUCACUUCACUGAUGGCUAGUUAAAAGCUACAUGUUUCAUGUUAACACUGUGGAUCUAAUUUGUUAAACUGUCAUGGAGACAUCAUAUUUUUUCCUCCAGUUCCUCAGUUCAACCUCUUUGCUGUUGACUGUGAUCUUCCUGUUGCUCAUCUCCUAUGUUUCGUCUUCCAGCUUCAGCACCAGGGGAGACAGCAAGGGACCCCCUGGACCCAGAGGGCUUCCCCUGCUUGGGAACAUGCUGCAGAUGGACUUCCGACAACCUUAUAAAACACUGAUUGAGUUUUCCAAGCAAUAUGGAUCAGUGUAUAGCAUCCGUUUGGCACACCAGAAAGUGGUGGUCCUGUCGGGAUACAAGACGGUGAAGAACGCGUUGGUUAAAUACGCAGAAGAGUUUGGAGACAGACAUCAAGCUCUACUUAUGCAUGAAUCUAAUCAAGGACAUGGUAUCAUCUGGUCCAAUGGCGACACAUGGAGAGACAUGCGUCGCUUUGCUCUGAAGAACCUGAGAGACUUUGGGAUGGGCAAAACGAUCUUUGAGGACAAAAUCAUUGAGGAAUGUGACCACCUCAUAAAAGAGUUUAAGAAAUCUGAAGGAAAACCUUAUCAUGUAAACGAUCCAUUAAUCUUCACAACUUCCAAUGUAAUCAGCUCCUUGGUGUAUGGCAAAAGAUUUGAAUAUGAUGAUACAAAGUUUGUGUCUCUGAUACAUUGCACAUCCAGACGCACAGAAAUCAUGUUGUCACGUUCAGCACAGAUCUUCAACGUGUUACCAUGGAUUGGUAGAUUUAUUCCUAACAGGAAAGAAUUCCGUGAGAUAGGGGAUGUCAGUGUGAAACAUAACAUAGAGAUGUUCAGACGUCUGAAAGAGACCCUCAAUCCAGAGAUGUGCAGAGGCUUUGUGGAUGCCUUUCUGGUCCAAAAGGAAAAACACGAGGAAUCUGGAAUUACCAACAGUAACUUUACCGAUGAGAACCUCAUGAAAUCAGUCAUUAAUAUGUUUGCUGCCGGUAGCGAGUCAACCUCAGCAACAUUAGCAUGGGGACUGAUGCUGAUGGCCAAAUAUCCAGAAAUACAACACCAGGUGAGGGAGGAGCUGAGCAGGGUGGUCGGGAAUCGUCAGGUGCGGAUCAAUGACAGGAUGAACUUGCCCUUAACCAACGCCGUCAUCCAUGAGAUUCAGAGAGUGGCCAGCAUUGCACCAAUGGGGCUUCCUCACCAAGUCAACAAGGACUUCACCUUCCAGGGUCACUUCAUUGAAAAGGGGACCGUAGUGCAUGCCCUCCUGAGAACUGUCCUGCAUGAUGAGAACGAGUGGGAGAAACCUGAGUCCUUUCAUCCCGCCCACUUCCUGGACAAAGAUGGACAGUUUGUGAUGCGAGACGCCUUCCUGCCCUUUUCUGCAGGUCGCAGGGCUUGUAUAGGUGAGACUCUGGUCAAGAUGGAGCUCUUCAUCAUCCUCAGCAGCCUCCUGCAGAAGUUUCACUUCUCUCCUCCACCUGAAGCUCGAAUGGAAAAUCCAUAUAAUUUGCAAUUGAUGUGUGAACCUUUGUUUUAGCUGUGAGCUGUCCCCUGUGUGUGAGGAGGAGGAGUGUUGAAGAUUGACCAAACACCACUAUAUAAUAUUCCUUAAUAACUGUAUUUAUAUAGCAUGUAUCUAAACAAAGUAAGUAAGGAAGUGGAAAGUAGUAACAUUGCAAUACAUUACUUACUUAUUACUUACUGAUGUCUUUCAACUCUUCUUGCUGUAAUACUGCAAAUUUCCCCAUUGUGGGACUAAUAAAUGAUUAUCUUAUUUUAUCUUAUCUUAUAA